AUGGGAAUCGUGGCCUUCCUUCGGAUCCUCUGGGGAUAUUGCUCCUUUGGUCGAGAGUCAGUUGUUGAGCUACGUCAAUCUAGCUGCAAUCAUCACAGAGACCCUAAUAUUGUUCAAUGGGCUCUCUCUGGCGACUAUGACGCCGACCAGGCUAUCCUCAUAGACGCCUCCGAGCCGAAUCGUUCUUUAUCAAAACGCCAAGUAACUGAGUUAGUUACCAGAUUGGCAGGGAGUUUUCAGCCAGGCAGUGCCGUGUGUCUUCAUCUCACAAACAGCAUCCUGUAUCCCGUUCUUGUUCUCUCUGUUCUCGCCGGGGAAUGCAAAUGGACCGGAACAAAUCCUUCAUAUACGUCCGCUGAGCUCCGGCAUCACUUGGACGUCUCAGGGGCGCGAUAUGUCAUCACCUCAGUUGAACACCUGGACACAGUCAAGGCCGCAAUCCAGGGGAUCGAGAGAGACAUUAAGAUUACCCUCUUCAGCGACAUUCUCCAACCAGACGUGGACCUGAAGAGAAAAAGCUGCGGAUACAGUACCUUACACGAGCUAAUGAUUCCUUCAGGUUCCAAUUUCCUCAUCCCAUUGGAGACACGGUUGCAAAACGUUCAUGCGGGAACAAUUGCAACACUGAUGUCGACCUCAGGCACCACAGGGCUUCCUAAGAUGGCCCAGCGAACACACCGUGCCCUCGUUGCUGAGUCCAUGUCCGACGAGCGCUACGAUUCAACUAAACUAUACACUGUGCGUGGGCUGUUUUGUACACCCAUGUUCCAUGCAUACUCGUUUCCUAAGAUGGUUAUCAAUCCCCUUCGCCAGGGACAGCCAACGUACUACAUGACGCGCUUUGAUGAGAAUUUUGCGCUAAAGAUUUCUCAGUAUCAAAUCACGGAUACAAUUACCGUGCCGCCAAUUUUGUCCAGGCUCGUAGAACAAGCCAAGAAGCAGAUUAUCAGCCGAGAGUCCUUGCGUAGCUUACACUCCAUUGUGUGUGCUGGAGCACCCAUGACGGAUAAGCUGCGUACGGAGUUUCUAGAGUUAUUCAAUCUUCCGACCAGCAGCCUCGUGCAGGAUUGGGGCAUGACCGAGUGUGGGUGUAUUUCCCGAGAGUCGCGUUCAGAGAAUGACACCUCCGGCUCGGUCGGUGGGGCAGUGGGAGGAUAUCAGGUCAAGGUCGAUACAGAACAGGCGAUCCAGUUGGGUGACGGAAUACUUGUUGUGGGAGAGUUAUUAGUGAAGGGGCCACAGCUGAUGACCGGCUACCAGGGCAAUGCAGCCUCCACUGCACAGGCAUUCGCUGCUGGAGGCUGGUACCGAACCGGUGACGUGGGCUAUAUUGAUAAUGCUACCGGUAACAUAUAUCUGGUUGAUAGGGUGAAAGACAUCAUUAAGACGAACGGGUGGCAGAUAUCGCCAGCAGAGCUGGAAGCUACCGUCCUUAGAUUUCCGGGCGUCGCGGACGCCUGUGCAUUGUCGAUGGGACAUAGUCUCGAUGAACAUCCCGAAAUUUUCGUCGUCAAAGGAAGGGAUGAUAUCACAGAGAGGCAGAUUAAGGAGCAUAUGCGUGUGUAUCUCUCUCGUUACAAGAUUGAAAGCUGUACCGUGCGGUUUGUGGAUAUACUCCCUCGCGCUCCAAGUGGCAAGGUUCUGCGACGGAUUUUACGCACACAAUUGCUGGAAGAAGUCGCACAUAUUUGA